AGCCGCAAAAUGGCGGACACAAUGAGUAGCCUCCGCCGCUGCUGCAACUGCCGCCGCCGCCGCCUUCUCCUCCUGCCGCCCACAGCUUGACUCGAGCCCGCCUGAGGGCGCCGUCGACCAGCUUCUCCGCCCGACCAGCGUCUCCUCCCCGCGGCUUCCUCCUCUCCCUCCGCCGCGAGGCAGGCUCUUCCCGCUUUCCCCGCGCCCUCUUCGGCGUGCAGGCCCCGCCGGCUCCCUCCCUCCUCCCGCGGCGUCGGCGGCGGCAUGAAGCUGACGGACAAUGUGCUGCGGAGCUUCCGCGUGGCCAAAGUGUUCCGCGAGAACUCGGACAAGAUCAACUGCUUCGACUUCAGCCCCAACGGCGAGACCGUCAUCUCCAGCAGCGACGACGACUCCAUCGUGCUCUACGACUGCCAGGAGGGCAAACCUAAGAGAACACUAUACAGUAAAAAGUAUGGAGUGGAUCUCAUCAGAUACACGCAUGCUGCCAACACUGUGGUGUACAGUUCCAAUAAAAUAGAUGAUACAAUCAGAUACCUCUCUCUGCACGACAAUAAAUACAUCAGAUACUUCCCAGGACAUAACAAGAGAGUUGUUGCUCUAUCCAUGUCUCCAGUGGAUGACACCUUUAUUUCUGGGUCGCUUGAUAAGACCAUCAGACUUUGGGAUCUUCGUUCUCCAAAUUGCCAGGGCUUGAUGCAUCCUCAAGGGAAGCCCGUGUGUUCAUUUGAUCCGGAGGGGCUGAUUUUUGCAGCUGGGGUCAAUUCCGAAAUGGUGAAGCUUUAUGAUCUUCGCUCAUUUGAUAAGGGUCCAUUUGCUACCUUUAAGAUGCAGUAUGACCGAACCUGUGAGUGGACUGGUUUGAAGUUUAGCAGUGAUGGUAAACUUGUUCUUAUAUCAACCAAUGGAGGGUUCAUCCGACUCAUAGAUGCCUUUAAAGGAGCUGUUCUUCAUACAUUUGCGGGAUUUAACAACACAAAAGCUGUUACACUGGAAGCUUCAUUCACCCCAGACUCUCAGUUUAUAAUGAUUGGAUCAGAGGAUGGGAAGAUCCAUGUCUGGAAUGGAGAGACUGGAAUGAAAGUAGCAGUGCUAGAUGGGAAGCACACAGGCCCUAUUACCUGUUUACAGUUCAACCCAAGGUUUAUGACCUUUGCCAGUGCAUGCUCCAAUAUGGCCUUUUGGUUACCCACUAUAGAUGACUAAUUCCGGAUUCAUCUUUUCCAUUGGACAGCUUUCAUACUGUACUGACAGCAACAUAUUUGUGAAGACUGUAAUAGAAGUAUUGGGAUUACAUUGCAGAGACUUGAAUGCUCCCAUGCAGCACAUCUGGUGUAUAUUUUGGUAUGCCAGGCUCUUUGCUGCAUCCCUUCAAAAGGAUUUUUUCAUUUGCCUGCCCACCUACCACUUCAGGAACUUGAGAUCCUGGCAAGUAUUGUCCCGAAUUGUAGCAGAGCUUUGGUUGAAUAUUGGCACAGCAAAUACAUGUUGAUACAUCAGUCCCUUUUGUUUUAAGUGAGGGUUAUCAAUGGUAAGCUCCUAGGAUUCUGGGCUUGUUUAAAAACAAACUUUCCAGAUGUUUUCUCUGGUCUGAAAUAUCAACAGAAAAUACACUCUGCACUCCUUACGUGCUUUGUGCCACAUAAACCUUUGUGCCAUAUAUACAGCAACUACCCCAUUCUUGGAGAAAGCUUCUUAUGCUCCUAAUACUCCCAUGAGACUUCCUAGACAUUUUCUAUUCCUUGACAUGGCAAUGUCAAGGACAUGCAGGGACUUGGAGUGGAUGAUCCUAAGCAAUAAAGAAGUUUUCAGCUGUAAAAUGUUUUUAAAAACAGACUGGAUGGAAAUGCAUUCUCUGUACCCCUUCUUUCAAUGUAAUUGCAACUGAUUAUGUAAAUAUGGGGAGGGGGUGGGUGGGUUGAGCAUAUUUUUUUACUUUUAGAUAUUAAAAAGUAACAUUUGGACCAAUACAGUAUUGUGGAAUUAGUCUUGGUUCUUCACCUGCCUUUCACACAUCGGUCUUCCUGUUCUCCAUAUUUCCAUUUCAUUCCUCCAAGGCUAGGUACAGCUUGUACUGCCCCCUUCCCUAAAUAUUUCCACCCAUUGUGAAUGGGGUCAUUCUGUUAGUGCAAAUUUAGUUAACUAACUCUGUCAAACUAACUUGAUGGGACUGCAGAAUUUCCAGCUUGUUUCCAGCUUGUUUGCUUUCUUGGCUUGUGAACGAAGGGGCAUGUAAGUAAGCAUGCCAUGUGGCAACAGGAAAUGAAAUCAAGGUCAGCUGUUCUAUUAUAGUGAUGUGCAUCUGGGCCUACUGCUUUGUAGUCUUCACUACCAAGUGCUUAAAACCACUAGCCUGCACAUUUCAAUAAUUAUCAUCGAAGUAAGCACAAUUUCAGUGCUUCAUGCUCUAGUAGUUUUGAACUCACAUGAAGCCCUCACUCUUACUAGCAUUUUGAUGAGCCAUGUUUCCUUUGGCUAUGUCCUGGCUUUGCUAAGUGUUGUUCACACCUUUGGAGAACUUUCCUUUGCAUUUAGAACGUGCUCUGGUGGUACAUGUUACAGUACUGCAUCCCAGGCGUUCUCUACAUCCUCCAAAGAGCUGCUGCGCAGGAACCGUACUGAGGAAUGUAAUGUUUUACGUUUGAGGUGCUGGGGGAGAAAACUCCAAUUGCCUUCUUAUUAACUAAAUUGUAUUUAAAUUUAAAAUGUUUUUUUGUUGUGUUUGUGUCCAGCGGUUGCUUACUCUGCAGAGAUAAUGGCUGGAUCUCUCCUGAGCCUGCCAAAGUUCAAGGAUGCAGGGAGCUGCAGCUCAGGGAUUUGCCUCAACUGCAUCAGCACACAACCUCCUGGCUUCUGUAUUAAUUCACAGUAUGGCAGCACUAGCAGGAUUGUCAGAUGCAGUGUUGAGAUCCAGGGGCAGCACUAUUACAUCAAUUAUGUUCUUGGCAGUAAUUCAUUGGCAUGGUGCUGCAUUGAGCUGCGUGUUCUUUUCUACGAGCACUUCAGUUAAUUUUUUAAAUCAUAAAAUCUUGCCCACCCUGCUACAAAAAGAGAAAUCAAUGAGUGCUUUACUUUUUACCUUGAGUAAGCUGCUACUCUACUGAAGCUGGUUCUCAGUAGGCAGUGGGAUGUAUGUGUACUGCGUGUACUGCAUUUACUUUUGCCAGGAGCUAGUUUUGAUCAAACCAUUUUUUAAGAAAAGCAUUGCUUGCAAAUGAACUCAUAUUUGUUAACUGUAUUAUGUAUCCUAAGUUACAUGUUUCAUUUUGUAAACCUGUAUUUGCAGCUUGUGUACGACUUUACAGAUACGUUAGUCAAGAAUAAAUUGCAGUAUUGGACACAA